GUGACAUUGACAUGUGACUGUAGCAUCUAUCUCUUUCAGCUUUCCUUGUUUAAUAUUGCACCCACAAAAGAUGGAAUGCAUCGACAGGACCCAAUCUCUUCACUAUCUUUUCCACUCUCUUUCAGAAACCAGGUUCCCCAUCGGGGCCAAUGAAUGUUACCCUAGAUUUUCUUUUUGACUGUGGAUCUUGGCUCCAAUUCCCCCAUCCUCUCUUAAAAGAUCAGAGAUAGCCAGUACUACAGGCCACUCUUGCUAUCAAAAAAACCCUAACCUUGAUUUAUUCUGAAACCACACUCUUCCUUUUGAUAAUAUGAACCUUGAUGAGAAAGUUGGCAUGGACUUGGUUCCACAAUCCGAGCAUCUUUGCUAUGUCCGAUGCAACUUCUGCAACACUGUUCUUGCGGUUGGGAUCCCUUGCAAAAGGUUGCUGGACACCGUGACAGUGAAAUGCGGUCAUUGCAGUAACCUCUCCUUUCUCAGCACUAGGCCUCCACUGCAAGGUCAAUGCCUCGAUCCACAAACCAGCCUCACUCUCCAGGAGAAGCAGAGUUUCUGCGGUGAUUUCAGGAAGGGUACUCAGUCUUCAUCGCCAUCCUCAUCAACAUCAAGCGAGCCAUCAUCCCCUAAAGCACCUUUUGUUGUAAAACCUCCUGAGAAGAAACACAGGCUCCCAUCUGCUUACAAUCGGUUUAUGAAAGAGGAGAUACAGCGCAUUAAAGCAGCAAAUCCUGAGAUACCCCAUCGAGAAGCUUUCAGUGCAGCAGCUAAAAAUUGGGCCAGGUACAUCCCAAAUUCACCAGCAGCAUCAUCAGCUUCGGCAAGCAGCAGAAAUGUAAGGAAACAAGAUACUAUUAUGAUUAAUGAAGUGAUAAUACAUGAAAGUGCAACAAAAACAAAGCUGAGAGACAGCCCGGGGAUUUGGAGAAUGACUACUAGCAAAAAUUUAGAUUGUGUAAAGUGUGAUCUAGCAAUUUACUUUGCCACUUUGAUGAGCAAGGAUUUUAGAUUCGACAAUGAAGAAGAUCUGCUUAUAUUAAGAGAAAAUCUCAGGCUGCUUUCAAUGGCAUUAUCAAUAUAUGAGCAGUUAAAUACAUUAAGGAAUCAUUUUCUGCAAACAGCCAAUUUGGUCUCUACGACCCCAAAUCACUAUUUAAAUUCAAUAACUUAUCCUAUGAAAAGCAGUGCACCCAAUGAUUUUUCAAGUCAAAUAUCAAAGCUGCAAAAGACAUGCAUUUGA